UCUGCUUCGAGAAGAAGAUGGAUGGAGCAAGUGACAGACAUUCAAACAUUCAUGGGGGAAUGAAGUUGACUGGGCACAGCAGGAAGGCGUUGAGCACAAUCGACAGCAAUGUUGUACAAGUUCACAAAAGGGGCGUCUUGACAGUGAAAAAUACCGCCAUCCAGAAGAACCGCGUGGCUCCCCUUCAUCGUCCACUUACUAGGAAGUUUGCUGCACAAUUAGCUGUCAAAGAGGAGCAGGAAGUGAAGCCAUCAGUCCAGCAUCAGUCAGCAGACUGCAUUUUCAUCGAUGCAGAAGCCUCCGAGGACCAUGAUGUGGCAAUGUUUGUGCAACAUACAGAAGCUAUGCUGGUGGAAAUUGAUCGCAUGGAUGCCGAAGUUGAGAUGGAGGACCUCGACUUGGAUGAGACAAUCGUGGAUAUAGAUGCGUGUGAUAAGAAGAAUCCACUUGCAGUUACUGAGUAUAUUGAUGAUAUAUAUGCAUAUUAUAAAAGCACUGAGAGCUCAAGCUGCGUCCCAUCAGAUUACAUGGCUCGACAGGUUGAUAUCAACGACAGAAUGAGGGCCAUUCUCGUUGACUGGCUGAUCGAGGUGCAUUACAAGUUCGAGCUGAUGGAUGAGACGUUGUAUCUAACUGUCAAUCUCAUCGAUAGAUUCUUGGCAGUCCAGCCGGUCGAGAGGAAAAGAUUGCAGCUUGUUGGAGUAACUGCGAUGCUCCUAGCCUGCAAGUACGAGGAAGUGUCUGUUCCUGUUGUGGAAGACCUUGUGUCGAUAUCCGACAGAGCCUACUCUAGAAAAGAAGUCCUCGAAAUGGAGAAGUUGAUGGUCAAUACCUUGGAGUUCAAUCUGUCGCUUCCAACUCCAUAUGUGUUCAUGAGGCGCUUCCUAAAAGCUGCGCAAUCCGACAAAAAGUUGGAGCUCUUAUCCUUCUUCAUACUCGAGCUCUCACUCGUUCAGUAUGAGAUGCUCCGAUUCCCACUAUCCCUGCUUGCGGCUGCUGCAGUCUUCACUGCCCAAUGCACUCUCACCGGAUGUGAAAUGUGGAGCAGGACGUGCGAGAGGCAUUCUAGCUACAACAAAGACGAACUCAUGGAAUGUGCAAGACUGAUGGUGGCUCUCCAUCAGAAUGCAGGAAAGGGGAAGCUUACCGGUGUGUUCAAGAAGUACUCGACUUCUAAAUAUGGCUAUGCUGCUAAAAUGGAGGCUGCUGUGUUUCUCCAAGAUGCAGAAUGAUGAUACAGAAAGAGAAUAUAUACUACAAAAUACGAUGGUGCAGAAAUUAUUUGCUUGUCUACAAGAUUUAAUAUUUUUCUUGUUUUUCUCCAUCAAGUUCUUGGUGAUGGUAGCCAUUUAAUAUUCAUGAUUAAUAGCUUCAAAUUGAUUGAUUUUGGUUG